AAACACCCCAAAAUGGGUGUGGACAGCCUAAAGCUGCUUUUCGCUUCCCCUUUCUUUCUCCCUGCUCUAACCCGAGGUUCACCAGAAGCGGCAGCGCCACCAAAAAUUCUCGCCAUGAGGUUGGGAUCCAUGCCGGUGCUCUCCCUCCUCGUCAUCGCGCUCCUCCUCUGCGUCGUCCUCCAGUCUGACGCGAAUGCGUUCGCCACCCCCACAGAUAACAUCGUGAGGCAGCUAUCGUCGGUGGUGAAGUGGCCACGGGGUUCUCCCCCCCACUCGCCCAAGCAGUCCUCACACCCCCAGUAUGAUGGGAAUGUAGCAGUGCAAUUUGAGAGUGGCUACUUUGUUGAGACGCUUGUUGAAGGAGACAAGCUCGGUGUCACGCCCCACACCAUUAGGGUGUCCCAAGUUGAGGGCGGAGAGCUUCUUGCAGUAGACUCAACACAUAGCAACAUUGUGCGAAUAACCCCACCAUUAUCUGAAUAUAGCAGGGGGAGGCUAGUUGCUGGUUCUUUCCAGGGGCAUGCAGGUCAUAUCGAUGGUAAACCUAUUGAUGCAAGAUUCAAGCGCCCCACUGGUGUUGCUGUGGAUGAUACAGGAAAUGUUUACAUUGCUGAUACAGCAAAUUUGGCAAUUCGGAAGAUUGGCGAGUCAGGAGUGACCACUAUUGCUGGUGGAAAAUCCAAUAUCCCAGGGUAUACGGAUGGUCCCAGUGAAGAUGCAAAGUUCUCUACUGAUUUUGAUGUUGUAUAUGUGAAGAAAAUGUGCUCUUUGUUGGUCAUUGACCGUGGGAAUGCUGCCCUUCGGAAAAUCGUCCUUCCACAAGAGGACUGUACUUACCAGGAUGCCACACUCCUAUCUUCAGAUAUCAUACUGGUUAUUGGUGCCGUUGUGGCUGGAUAUCUCUUUUCUGUGGCACAACACGGAUUUGGUUCAUCAACUUCUGAAAAGAUAGAAGCAUCUGAAGAUGAUAAACAAGAGAGCAGCACUGUGGGAAAGCCAACUUUGGUUGUCGAGAGCCUUAAAGAAGAAUCAAGUGCUGGAUGGCCGUCUUUUGGGACACUUGUUUCUGAUCUACUGAAGCUUGCUGUUGAAGGUGUGGGGAAUCUUGUGCUCAGCAUUGCCCCGUUACGCAUGCAACAUGUGAAGAGAAAGACAGGCCUCACUCCUCUCAAAGAUAGGCUUGUGAUCCCGGAGGGCAGGGAGGAGACCCCAGUAGCCCAGAAGCUCAGUAGCACCCCAAUGAUAACCGAGACGCUCCAUGCUCCUAGUGCUGCUAACGAGACUGUGGCAAAGGCUCAGAAGAGCAUCAAAUCAUCGAAAUUCAGGGAUUCUACUCUCUCAAGCAAGCACAGGACCACCAAGAGACAGGAGUACGCUGAGUUCUACGGUUCAACCGAGACACCUCAAGCAAGCGUAAAGGUUCCAAAAGACCGGCUCCGCCACCGCCAUCGGGAGAAGAGUGGGGAGGUUACCUAUGGGACUGCACAUCCAGAGCCUAGGCCCUCAGAGAUGAAAGCGGCAGACUACAGCGAUCUGAAGUAUGAUCACUACAACAUGAGAAGCAAAUAUGGCGCUGACAGCGGCUUCAGGUACUGACUGAUGCAAGGGCUCUCGUCAUUGUGCCUGCAGCCUUCUUACCGUCGUGCCUAGGGUGUCUUUCGACGUCGUCUCUACUCCCAGUGUACUAAAAGCACAAGGAUGCUGCUCAUGGGUCACUGUAUCGCCCUACUCUCCGCCCGCAAGACGUGGCAGGUCAAAUCGUCAAAUCAUUCUAACAAUUUAGGUGGGGGGAGGCGUACGUCGUCAGUAGGGAGCAGGUAUCUCCUAUGCGAUUUCUGCAAGCCGGAUGUAAUUUUCGCAGAAAGCAACUUGUAGCCUACUAAGUUUGAUCUGUUAUUUCCUCAGCAUAUGUCGGUUGGUUGGUUGCUCCA